AUGGCUGCGUAUGGACAGACUCAGUACAGCCCGGCCCUCCAGGCUGCAGGGCCGUACGCACCUUACACUCACCACACACAGGGCUACAGCGUGCCAUCUUACAACAUUAAAACAGAAGACGGCCUCAGUCAUUCUCCAGGGCAGACGGGAAUACUGGGCUACUCAAACUUCAGCAGCACUCCUCCCAGUCAGAGUCUCUACAGCUACCCGCACACACACGGUGGUGGUAUUUCAUCUGGAAUUUUUCAAGGCACCCAUGCAAUCUCAAGUUCAACCCCAUUCAACUCUACCCAGCAAGAGUUUUCAGCGUACUCAAGCUACAGCCAGAGUCAGUACUCUCCGUAUUAUAACUCUCAUCACUACAACAGUCCCUACCUAACCAGCAGCAACAUCAGCCCUGCUGCCAUCACAGCUCCGUUAGCCUAUCAGCAUCCAGAACACCCCGUCAUGCUGCCCAAUCACAGCCCGGAGUCACACACAGGAGAAUACCACCCGCCGCCCAGCCCCCCCACACCAGGUAAAGAGGAGGUCCCAGCACGAAGGGGGUCAGAUGGGAAGCUCAGAGGGAGGAAAAGAGUCAGUGACCCCGCUCCACCUCUGGACUCUGAUAUAGAGCGUGUGUUUAUCUGGGACCUGGAUGAAACCAUCAUCAUUUUCCAUUCGCUCCUCACGGGAACCUUCUCCUCGCGAUUUGGCAAGGACUCCUCAAAGGCUGUGUCUCUUGGUUUGUGGAUGGAAGAGAUGAUCUUCAACCUGGCCGACUCGAGACUCUUCUUCAAUGACUUAGAGGAAUGUGACCAGGUCCAUAUUGAUGACGUGGCAUCAGACGACAACGGACAGGACCUGAGCACUUAUAACUUUGGGUCGGACGGCUUCCAGAGCCCAGCGGGGGCCGGCUCGCUGUGCCUGGGGUCGGGAGUCCACGGAGGGGUGGACUGGAUGAGGAAACUGGCUUUCCGGUACCGCAGAGUCAAGGAGAUCUACAACACAUACAAGAAUAAUGUUGGAGGUUUGCUGGGCAGCCCCAAGCGAGAGGAGUGGUUACAGCUGAGGAGAGAGAUGGAGGUCCUGACUGACCUGUGGCUGACUCAGGCACUCAAAGCCCUGGCUGUCAUCAACUCGAGGCCUAACUGUGUAAAUGUGUUGGUAACCACCACCCAGCUCAUCCCAGCCCUCUCCAAGGUGUUACUGUACGGUCUGGGCUCAGCUUUCCCAAUAGAGAACAUAUACAGUGCCACCAAGACAGGCAAAGAGAGCUGUUUCGAGCGUGUCUCUCAGAGGUUUGGUCGGAGAGCAGUGUACGUGGUGAUAGGAGAUGGAGCCGAAGAAGAGUCCGUGGCCAAGAAGAAGAACAUGCCGUUCUGGAGGGUGUCCUGUCGAGCCGAUCUCGAGGCUCUGAGCCAUGCACUGGAGCUGGACUACCUCUAGAGGGAGCCAUCUGUCACGCUCUGCUCUUCCACAUAAAUCACGAGAAGCUCCUGAACUCCUGAGUGCAGCUCGUCGGUGAAGCUGCUCCUAGAAAGUGAUACAAGUCUUACAUUCAGGUUUGGCACAAUGCAUUUGAUCCCUAAUGAGCACCCAGGCAGACAAUUUCACCUUAAAGCCAAAGGAACUGUGAGGAUUUCGAAGCGAGGCUGCAGUAUAACCCAAAAGUGCUGGACCAAAACAAAAGACCAAAGACAAAUAAGGGACCAAAGCUUCAUACCUAACCCCAGGGAACCAUGGUUAAUACUGCAAAUACUUUUUAAAAAGACCUUUUCCUUUUUUUUUUUUUAAUUCAGUUCAUCUCAACUUCAUGAAAGGUGUCCCACUUUUGUACACAAAAAAAGGUGAUGCACUGAAUGCAAAAUUGUACAUCCUGUUUAUUAAAAAGUUCAGAUUGUUUUUUUUAUUUGUUGUGGGACUAAACCUGUUUUCCAAUACCAUUUUAAAGACAAAAUUAGAAACAAGACUUAAAACUAUGAUGUCAUGUGGGAUAGAUUUUUGCCUUCAUUGUUAUUUUAGAAUUGUUUUAAUCAUGUUGGCUAGAUAAAUGUUGGAUAAUAUUCUCCUCAUAUGUAGAGGCUAUUUAAAAUAGUCUGAUUGUAUUUUACCAUUAUAAUGUGAGCUAUUUAUUAUUGGUUAAAUUCACAACACAAUGAGGUAUGGACAGUUUGGGAGCGCAGAAUAAAAAUAUCCCCUUCAAAGACCAAAACUAUGCUCUUGUAAAAAUGUUUUGAUAAGAAGUUGUCUUGAAGAUGUUGUAUUAUAGGCCGGUGCUUGAAUCCUUACUUUUGAUUCUGGGUUGUACAUGUUGUUAUGUUUUAACUCUUCUUAUUUUCUCUCCCUGUUUAAUUUCCUAAUAAUCUGUUUGUAAUAUAGAUGAACUGGUUGUGCAUGUGCCGAUUACACUGCCUGUCAGCUUAGCUACGAUUUGUAUAUAAUGCUUUAUUGUCGAUUUGUUUUGACAGACAGUUAAAAUAGAUUAAUAAAAAAUAAAUUAAU